AUUUCUUUGAUAUGUACGUUUUCUAUUUCUAUUUGUUUUUUUCUUCCUGUUUGUUUUAGUGGGUACGUAUAAAUAUAAUGAAAUGAAAAACUGCUUUCCAAGUAAUCAAAAACAAUAAUCUUUGUUUUAAAUAUUUGCUUCAUCCAAAUAUUUCUUUUUUAAUUAAUGAUCAUGUCACUAUCAACCCCAAUUGGCCAAUUGUUUUCUCAAGACUUUUUAUGUUUCUUGCUUGUUCGGAAUCUCUACUUAAUCAUCUUGGUUUAGUUCUAUCAUUUUGACUAUACUAUGUCUCAAUAAUUGAUUCUGACAAUGUUUAAUUAAUAAUAUACAAAAUCUUUCCACGAAAUGAAUAUGGUCAAAUGGGUGGUUGCUUUUAUGGUGAUUGAGGAAACUUUUGGUAUAGUGUGUUGGUUUUGCAGUUGGCAGGUGACUUUAUUCUUUCUUUCCGAUCUGAAAAAUUCUUCAAUGGCGGAUUCAGUUGGAACCCGGCUCUAUAGUUGCUUCAAGUGCCAGAACCACCUAGCUCGUCAUGAUGAUAUAGUUUCUAAAAAUUUUCAGUCAAGAAGUGGUAGAGCCUUUCUCUUCUCCCAUGUAAUGAAUAUUGUUCUGGGGCCCAAACAGGAGAGGCAGCUUAUAACUGGUCUUCACACAAUCGUAGAUGUAUAUUGCAAUGAUUGCGGGGAGAUUUUAGGCUGGAAGUAUGAGAAAGCUUAUGAGGAAUCCCAGAGGUACAAAGAAGGAAAAUUCAUACUCGAAAAGUACAAGAUUGACAUGGAGAAUUAAUUUGCAGCAGACUACAGAUAAUUGUGGAUUGGUUAUAUUGAUUGUUCAUACAUUUUUUUCAAUGGGUAAACUGCAAAGGAAGUUCACGUUUUCUUACUUUGAGCAUUGCAUAGGAAAUUGGACAUAUAAUUGUUUUACACUAUUGUCAAUACAAUUGUAAAUGCUGGUAUUGUUGCAGAAUUAAAAAUUCUAGAUCAUUUGUGCA